GACAUCAUGGCAUACAAUGAGAGCACACCCGGCUAUUACACCUUGUGGCUGGAUUCGAGCUCUUACAGCUUUCCUUACAACUCGGACAAUUUUGCUCUGCGCCUUAGUGGCUUCUACGUCCCCAUGGUUACAGAUGAUUACAGGUUCUACCUGAACGGUGGUAAUCUUGUGACCCUUUAUCUCAGCCAAACUGGGCUUCCCAAAGAUAAGGUUCAGAUUAUCUCUUCUCCAUACUGGUGGGUUUACACACAGACUUCAAGUGACAUCCAUCUUGAGGAAGACAAAGAGUACUACUUUGAAAUAUUACUCCAAAGAAUGUUUUACUACGGCUCAAACUCUUUGAAGUUACAAAUCUAUCAAACGAAAAGCUCCUUUACGCAACAGCAGACCAGAGAAGCCCAGAAUGAAGUGCAAGUCAUCGGCACCUCCUACAGUUUCUUCAGUGAAGUGCAGGAUCUCUGCUUAAACAACUGGAACACACAAACCCCAAUACAGGAAGUCCAGCAGAUUGUUGUGGAGAGCCCCUGCGUCAGCUUGGGGGACUGUACGACCGUGCAGUUCAGCCUUCUCUAUAACAACGAAGCAACAGAACCCAUUGCUGUAGGCGCUUCGAGCGAUGAGGUCGCGAUGGCUUUAAACGCUCUGCCCUCCAUCCAGAAUGACACUGUUAGCGUGACGAAGACGGACAGCACCAAUGGCUCCAUUUACACAGUGACGUUUAAUUCAGACCGAGGAGAGUUUGAUGUUCUACAGUAUGACACAGCUGGAAAUGACACUAACAUCGAGAUUUCUGAAAUAACCAAAGGAAGACCCAAAUUUGACACAUUUACAUUGAUGUGGAAUGGCGUCUCCUCCAGUCCGCUGUCAGUCAGUGUGACCCCUGAUGAGGUGAGAAAUGAAAUUUAUGACAUGGCUGGCACCAAGUGUCCAAAAAGCAUAAAUGGGUACACAGAAGGAGGAUCCGUAAAGUUCUUUCAAGAUUUUGAAACAGAUUAUUAUUGGCCUUGGUACUAUUCUCGCGUUUCUGACAGAGAGGCCUUCUGCGGCCAUUUCAGUGCUUUGAGCCCCGGCACCUUAUUUGAUCAGAAUCAACCGACCAGCACUGGGCAACAAUACGGGCAAAUCUCGCUAAAUACUCAUAAUAUGCUGUGCUUUGCAUACAAAGGAUUUCUAAGCAGCUCCAUUGGCCUGAGCUUCUCAGUCGUUACGAAUCAGCAGACAAACAGCUAUCAGAACCAGUUUGACGUUGGAAUCUUUCAAGCAGACGAAUGGCAGUACACUUGCAUUGAUAUGCAGCAACUUUUAAUGGCUUCUUACUCUGGGACUGAUUAUAACGUUGGGCAAAUUAGGCUCAGUCGGCUGAGUCCAAAUCAGGAUUAUUUAAUUGACACCGUCUACAUCGGCAGCGACUACACAGUAACUAAUAUGCAAGACCUAAAGCUGAGGCGCUCAGCUCUCGCCGGAAGAGGAAUCUUUUUGCAGGAUCUUUCCGUAACUCAGAAGCAAGGCACACAGACUUCAGAGAGCUGUUACGAAGUCACACUAAUUCCCAUGAACUGUGGAUACGACUUCCCUUUGCUUGGAAUUGGAUUUGCCCAGUGGUUCCAAAUGCUGGCUAUAAACCAGAAUGUUGUCAUCAUUCGUUUCCACUGA